UAAUUCUGUGCUCAGUUACCCAUGUAAACAACAUGGCGGCAUUUCGAUCGUGAAGAACUUUCCGCAGUGUUUGAGGAAAAGGGAGCUGAGGGCCUGUAUAUCGGACAAUCUCCUCAUCCCAGCCCAGUGAAUCACCACAAUGGUUCUGUUUGACAAUGUUUUCCCCGGUCAGCGCGUGGAAGUCCGGUGGGAUGACGGAAUUUACAAAGGCACCGUCCGGUAUAAAGGGCCCGUAGCGACCAAGAAAGGCGACUGGGUGGGGAUUGAAUUAGAUCGCCCAGUGGGAGACACCACGGGCAUGCUGCAGGGCAGACGCUACUUCCAGUGUCGUCCCAACUACGGCGUCUUUGUCCGUGCCGACAGACUGCGCUUCGUUCCCAGCGUCCGAUGCCUGUACGACAAGUACCACAGAGUGGCCCGGGCCUCGUACAUCGACGAACAUCUCUUUGAUACAGCCAGACCAGAUGUUCGCAACGGCCCCUAUGACCCUGUGGCAGUCUCUCAGAACGAUUUCUCACGAGUAAAAAGUUCUUUAGGAGAUUACGGCGUUGCGGUCGGAUGGGACCAGCCCAAGUACUACAACCUGCGUCACUCAGUCAGCAACUGUCUCCCCGCGGCGACCAUGCUCCGGUCGGAGACUGCCGGCACGCCCUUCAGGUAUCUGUCUCGACCUUACCACGUAGACUACUGGAUGGACGAUGACUUUGAGAGAAAGCCGUCCAUCCCCAAGACUCACAUGCCCCACUCAGCUCUCAGACAGCAGGUGUGUCUCGUCGGGUCGUCUUCCUGUCCGCACGCAUGUCUCGUCGGGACGUCUGCCCCCUACUGUUGGAACAACUAAGAGCCCCAUGAGUUUCCCCGGGCUGCCGCUACAUCAACUACAUCAGUCUUGGGAAUUGUUUUCACCUGCUGGAGAAAAUCGGUCGCUUUUAAGGACAAGGGGGAUAACCCAGAUUUCGGGGGUUUCCAGAAAUCUUGACCUAUACCAAAAGUGG